CGUUUUUCGACAUGGCUGACAGCGAUGAUGACAUGCCCCCGCUGGAGUAUGCUGGCGUCGGAGUGCCACCUGCAGCUGCCACGCAGGCCACUCCGCCAGACGAUGACGAUGAUGACAUGCCUCCUUUGGAAUAUGUUGGUGCAGAUGCAUCUUUGGGGAUCAGCCUGAGAGAAGGUGACAGUGUGAUCUUGAAAGGUUUGUCCAAGACAGCUUUGAAUGGGCAGACAGGAACGCUUCAAAGCUUUCAAAAGGCAUCAAAAGGCAGACUGCCAGUGAAAUUGGACAAAUCAGGGUCCAUGUUGGCGGUGAAACCUGAAAACAUCGAAAAAAUCAACACCAAAGUGGGAGGCAUUCCCAAUCAUGCAGUGGCAAGUGCCAAAGCGACACAUGUGGAUCGAAAUGCAUCCCCUCCUCCACCAGAUGAUGAUGACGAUGAACUCCCACCUUUGGAGUACGUUGGGGAAAUCACCAACGGCACUGCUGAGCAUGGGACCGGUCAGAUGAGUGAUGCUGAUGACAUGCCGAGCCUGGAAUAUUUUGGAGCAUCAAAACCUAGUGGACCAAACCAUUCCAAGGACUCUCAGCCAAGUGUCUCCAAACCAAGUCCACCAUAUGCAGAGGCACGCGCAACUGGUGCACCUAAAGAAGUUCCGGCAGCGACAGAAAAGGUGUUACCGGAGACUCCGGUGAGCACUUUCCGACCAGGUGACCAAGUCCUCAUCAAAGGUACAACCAAACAGCUGAAUGGUCAACAAGGGAUCAUUGAGAGCAUCAAAGAUGGUACCUGUUUUGUAAGACUGGAUAAAAACAAAGAUGUCUUGCAGUUGGGAGAAGCGAACCUUCACAAAAUCUGGUUACGUGGCAGUGGUGCUGGUGCAAUGCCUCCUUUGCAAAUGGUUGGUCAGGCCAAUGGGAGUGCUCCACUGUACAGUGCACCAAAUGGUCAAAAUGGUACCACCGAGGUUGAAAGAAUCAAGGCUCCAGCUGAGUCAAAAGCACCGAGGAGUUCCCAAGGCAAUCGCCAGGAAGCUCAGGAUGCCCUGCAAAAGAUGAGGUCAGCCUUACAUGCCACGGCUUCGCAUGAAGUCGAUGAUGCACUGAGAUUAGCUGAAACACCAGGUAUGGCCUGGGGUGAGUGGGAGACGGAGAAGACUCAGAUUCUGAAGCAGCUGAGGACCAAGAGGAGUCAAAUCGUCGAGGUUCGGCCUCAAGAGUCUCAAGAGGUCUCCAGAACGGUGAAGAAAUCCACCAUUGAGACAUGGUGUGAGGAGCUGCAGCUGCCCCAAGAACUUCUGGCGCGGCUAAAUGAGGAGGACGUCACAGAUCCCGAGGAGUUGACUGGAGUUGGUGAGACAGAGCUGGCUGCGCUGACAAGUGGAUUAAAGAUUGGACCAAAAGGUCGCUUCAUGAAAGCAGUGAAGAGGAUGAAAGCCUUGGAAGCUGCCGAACUUGGCUCGGCCGUAUCCCUUUCCUGAAAGGUUUUGCACCGGCGGCGUUGUUUUCAGCUUCCCGCCUUUUAAAGUGACCUCAACCAACUCGAAAAAAGCUGGAAAAGGCUG